AUGGCCUUCCACCAUGACCACUUUGAAUCGAAUCAACCACAUCACCAGUCUGACCGUGGCGGGCUUCGGCUUCAGGACAAUCGGCAGACUGGUCAACCACCCACUUCAUUCAUCCACCAGUUCGAACACCACAACCAGUCUGACCGUGGCGGGCUUUGGCUUCAGGACAAUCGGCAGACUAGUCAACAAUCCACUUUGAUCAACAACAUCCACCAGUCUGACCGUGGCGGGCUUCGGCUUCAGGACAAUGGGAAGAUUGGUCAACCACCCACUUCGAUCAACCAUAUUAAAGCACCCACAAUGCACAACCUUAAAGAGGGGGAAAGAAAAGAAGCGGUCUUGAACGACAAGAGUCUCCGCAGGAGUGUCUCUGAAGGAGACUUCUCGUCAGGAAGAGGUUACAACGUGUACCCAAUUAAAAGGAGACUCUCACGGCCGUUUGCUGUGGUGGUAAAAAAAAGGUUGUUGCUCGAGAUCACCGCCUGA